CAAACACUCGGAGUAGCCGGAGAAGCGAAAGAGACUUAAAAGAGGAGCUAAAGAAUCAACAGGCAGUUCAACAGUUUGCAUCUCUCUGUGCCGCACACUCAGACUUGUGGAAAGUCUGUGAAGAAUGGAACUGACUUUACUUACUUUUCAAACAAGCCAACUCACUGUCAUGUGGAUGUACUUCAGCCAACUUCUGCUGCUGAUGAACUAAACAUGGCAAGUCUUUCUGCACAAAGCCAAAGGAGGCUGUCUGGAGAGGAUUACCAAGACCAAAAAAUGAAAAAACUUUCUGCCUUGUAGAGGAGAAGCUCUUGCAAACAUGAACCCAGAGUCUCUGGACUUGUCCAUCCAGAGCGUGCUGUCGGCCCUCUUCCCACCCUUUGAGGCCACGGCGCCCAUCGUCCUCAGCCAGCUGUUUCGCACUAUUGAGGAACGUUAUCACGGUGAUGCUCUGCAGUGUUUACUAGACUUCCUCAUUCCCUCCAAACAUGUACUGGAAAGUGUCCAACAGGCAGCAUGUGCUGGAUACUCUGAUGUGGUUUUCCGCUGUGAGGGUUGGCCUCUGUGUCUCCAUGACAAAACCGUCAUCCAGUUAGCGCCCAUUAACCCCUUGCUGUUACGUCCUGGAGACUUCUAUCUUCAAGUGGAACCUUUUGGGGAACAAGCGGCACGCAUCGUCCUCAAAUGUCUUCUGGAGGAAGGAUGUCGAGAAGUGGAGGAGACCCCCAUCCCUGAAACUUCUUAUCCCUGCAUCUUCACUGAAGACUGGCUGCGGGACAUCAACGAAGGGCGCGACGGGACUCCUCUGUCACGGUGUUUGCUUUCCACAGACCAAGGAGUUAUUAAGCUGCCUUGGGCCAAAAUUGCCAUCCCAGAGUUUUUAGACAAGCCUAAGACCAUGCCUACCUGUCAGGAAGCUCUUCCUGAGCCAAAGCAGAUUUCAGUUCCUGUCCAUUUUAACUCCUCCACCCUACCUGUGGAAGCCACAGUUCUUUCAGCAAAUGACAGGAUGUCAGCAUCCUUAAGACCUGCAGCCUGCACUUCCAAACUUGUCAAAAUGCAAGAUAAAAGAGGAGCCCCGAAAUCCUGCUCCAAGCCAUUAAUCAAGCCUGUGGGUUGGGUUUCUCCUAAUACCUGGGACAGUCAUAACUAUCAAGAGAUUGCAGGAGAUUAUGUAGACCUGGUGGAUAUCGACAAAGGAAAAGAGCUUGUGGAUAAACAGAGAGACAAGCUUCCAAAUCCAACUAAUUCAGUUUUGUUUCAACCUGUCAGACCACCCCCACCUGUACCGCUUGGGAACAGUGUUCCCUGCGGAUGCACCCUUCAGUAUACAGGGGAGCAUUGUACACCACGCAGCCAGGGAAAGCAGGGGCAGCAGCUUACUGAUGAAGACUUGAAGUGCAGGUACAGAGAUUCUUAUGUGGCAGCACUAACAAAUCCAGUCACUUUUGAGAAAGGUAGUGUAGACCUCCUGGCUGCCUUGGAGGAGGUUGGCCUGACUGAAGAUGGGGAGUUAAAAUCUAAGGCUAAAUUUGGUGGUCAAAAAGUAGGAAACUACUGCAACCACUCUAAGGAAGUGUUUAGUAAUGAGCCCUUCCCUUGCAAACAAUGCUGUGAGCCUCACCUUCCUACUAAAUCUGAGCCAGAAAGCCUCAUGAAGGAGUCGCCCAUUAUUUUGAAAUCAACCCCUGGUUUAAGCCAUAGUCAGAGAGUUCAGACAAAACUUAUUUGCCACCAAUCGGGACAUAGUGCUUUUGUGCAUCCAGUAUCAGAUGUGUCCUCGGGGACCCCUGAUGGCGACGUGGAACAAAACCAGAAGGGGAAGGAUGUGAGACCAUCGGGCAAACACAAAAUUAAAGUGAGGUCUUUGUCCACUGUCUCAGAGACUCCUAUUGGGAGGCCACUUCUCUAUAAGCUCAACAACAGGAGCCAUAGUGAUAUUUGCCCUGAAACAGUCACAAACUUAAUGCACUAUAAAAGAGAAGUACAACUUGAGGAGACUCUGAAGCUGGAAACAGAGAAGGGCCUGAAAAAAGAUUCCCAACCAAGCAGAAGUGAAACUUUGUCCACGACAGAGGGACCAGGCUCUAAACUCCACAAUUUAAAGACAGAAAAACCAUCCUCUCCACAAGCCCAGCUUCUUUCAGCAGGUUCUGACACUCAGGAUCCUCCACAAACUGAAGAGUCUAGUUUCAAAAGGAUCAGCGGUCUGCUUGAACUGGGCAUCAUGAGUUUACCAGGCAGCAGGGACAGGACUGGCAGGGCGGUGUUGGAGGUCCAUGGUGAUAGGACGGAGUGGAUGUCCCCUUUAGUGUCAGCACAGAGCGUUUGUGAAUUACUGCUCUACUUACAUUCCAUACCGAGGAAAGAUGUUCGAGAGCUGGGAAUGACUUUGGUCAUCAAUGCCAAGAAGAAGCCGCCCCCUCUUCACCUCUACAAGGCUCUAUUGAUGGCCCAGGAGCAAGCUCUCCAUGCUGUCCACAGUAUUGUCAUGCUAAUGGAUAAAGACACUUGUCCACGACCUGAGAAACACCCUGGUCUGCAGAUGGAUUUGGUGACCACUAUGAAAGCCCUAAACAAGACAGUGGAAGCUUCCCAGCUAACCUCUGACUUUGGAGGUACCUUCACUUACAGUCACUCUGAGUGGCUGCAGUUCCAUCAGAGACUCGUUUCAUUUAUGACUGACCUGCGAGGAGCUGACAGUUUGUUGCAAAAGGCCAUUAAGAGGGUGGAUAAGAGAAGCCAAAUGGACACAGCUCAGGAAGUGCAACAAUGCAUUCAGGAACAGAAGGUUUUAAUGAAAGAGGUGCUGGAAGAGGCGAGACUGGUGACUUUGCAAAGGGAAGGAGGGGCUUUUCUGGCCAGGAUGAAGAAAGAGGAGUUCAGAUUUCCACAGUCUGAGGACUACAGAGAUGCUUUGGAGUCGGUGACAAGUCUCUAUAACCAAGUGGAGGAGAAGCUUCACACACUGGUGAUGAGAUCUAACGUGUCACUUCAACAGCUGGAGUUCCUUUUCCGGCUAAGAGAGAUGGAGGCCAAAAUCAGCAUGGCUGGGAUGUGGUUCAGCACAGAAGGUGAACAGAGACUGAAGGACUCUUACCCAACAGAUGAUACCCUGGUGUGCACUGAAAAGGCCUUGCAGGACUUUCAUGUAUUUCUUUCUCAGUCUAAGGAAAAACAACAGAACGCCUUGAUCCUUGUGAGGGAGGCAGAGGGGAUUUUUGGGUCCAGCGAUAGCAGCAUUGCAAAAGAUAUUUUUCAAACUCUCAUCAGCACUUUCAGAUCCAAUGUAGAAGACUUCAUAUUGCGUGCAGAACAGCUAUACAAAGAACUGGACGCACUUGUGCACGUGUACACCUUCUGUGAAAAGGCAUCUGCCCUGGUCAAAGAUUGCAGUCAUUUUUUGGAACAGGUAGAGCAGGGGCGUUACUCAGCUCAGAGCCUAAAUACACUCCAAAUGUAUGAGGAGAGAUUAGGUGGUGAAUUCUCCAUCCCUCACUUCCAGGCUGUGAAAGCUAAAGCCUGCACCGUGGGAUCAGGGGCUUCAGGAGCAAUGAGAGUGUGGAAUGCAGCCUGGGUCCAGAGCCAAGAAGUCAGGCAGCGUCUUAAGGAGAUGCAGAAGAAGAAAAAAAACAUAGAUAAGAACCAGAUCCAACAGACCACAGCUGCAAACCCUCCAGGGGACUAUGGAAAAAUGGAGAAAGAGGAGAAACGCAGUGUGAUAGCAGAAGCAGAACAGUCCUUGGCCCCACAGCUUAGCACCAGUGCUGCAUACCUCAACCACCGUGACUUCAAAGAGAGCAAAGACAAAGAUUCCAAAGCACUGCAGUUACCCGAAAGACCCGAUAAAAUUGGGGAAAACAUACUCGAUUUCCCACAAGUCAGUAACUGCCACCAAGAAAGCAAGUUGAGGCCAAGAGAGCACCACAGUGAAACAGAUCUAAGAAAUGUAAGCUCAACAAAAGGCGGCGAGGAGCUUCCAUUGCACCAACCUUUGAGUCGGUCCCUAAGCGAGGGCUCACAUGUGAGCCCUCAUUUGACAAGCAGCCCUGGUUUUUCACCUUUAAGUGUGAGUCACAAGCACUGUCAUAGUAAGACACAGUCACUGGAACAAUAUCAGCAGCCCAUCCAAAAUGUGCCUUUUUCCCAUAACAAGAGACUUUGGCCAGGAAACCUGAUCAGAAAAUCAGAAAGAGACCGUAAUGAAGGGAAGGGUGAAGGAUAUAUAGACUCCACCCGGAGCCCUGAAGAUGUCAGGACUCCAGAGACAUUACUCACACCAACAGAAAUCAACGGCAGCAAUGUUUUGAAAGUACAGAGAAUCAUGGAGGAGCUACUGUCCACAGAGAGGGAGUAUGUGAACGCUCUGGGCUACAUUCGAGAGCACUACUUUCCUGAGCUGGAGAGGUCAGAUGUCCCUCAGGACCUCAGGGGCCAGAGGGGGAGCAUCUUUGGUAACUUAGAAAAACUCCAUGACUUCCACCGACAUUAUUUCCUGAAUGAGUUGGAGAGCUGUGUGAAUGAACCCUUCAGAAUAGGACGCUGCUUUCUACGUCAUAGAGAAAACUUUGCUCUGUACGCCCUUUACAGCAAGAACAAACCACAGUCUGACAGUCUUCUCAUCAAUCAUGGACAGGCUUUUUUCAAGCAAAAGCAGCUGAAGCUGGGUGAUAGAAUGGACUUAUGGUCGUACCUGUUGAAGCCUGUACAGCGCAUUAGUAAAUACAGCUUGCUGCUGCAGGACAUGGUGAGGGAGUGUGAUCCGGGACAAAUGCGAGAGAUUGCUGAACUUAAAGCAGCCCUUGAGGUCAUCCACUUCCAGCUUCGCCAUGGCAACAACUUGCUGGCGAUGGAUGCCAUUCACCACUGUGACGUUAAUCUAAAGGAACAAGGACAGCUGAUUCGCCAGGAUGAGUUCUUGGUAACCUUCAGGAAGAAAAAAUGUUUCCGCCACAUUUUUCUUUUUCAUGAACUCGUUCUCUUUAGCAAGACCAGGAAGACUGAUGUAGGAAAUGACACAUACAUCUACAAACAGUCAUUCAAGACCUCUGACAUAGGAAUGACCCAAAACACAGGUGACAGUGGCUUAUGUUUCGAGAUCUGGUUCAGAAAGAGGAAAAGCCAGGACACAUACACACUGCAAGCAGUCAACCAUGAAGUGAAGGAGGCCUGGACUAGGGACCUGGAACGGAUACUCUGGGAACAGGCUAUACACAACAGAGAGGUCCGUUUGCAGGAGAGAGUGUUUUUAGGUAUUGGAAACAAGCCUUUUAUGGACAUUCAGCCCAGCGAGGCAGCGAUCAAUGAUCGAGCCAUCAACUGUGUACUGAUGGGGAGAGAGAACAGGGGCCUGUUCUCUGUGGGAUCAUGUGUAUCACAGGACGAGCUUCCAGGAGUGCGGCCAAAGUCAGCUGGUUCAAGGAGCAGCUCUUCUUCCUCCUCUUCCUCUGGACGGGGCUCCCUCUCUCCCGUGGGGUACUUGUGUGGGCCAAAGCAGAGGGUGACUGCAGGGGGCCUUGGAGGAUAUGCAUCACCCCCUGGAGGCCUGGAGGAGGAUGAUCUGGACCAUGAGAGUGAAAGCCAAAAUUUACUGUUGGACAGCUCGGAGUCGUCGGGAGAGAGUAUCAGUGGAUUCAGCAGUUCCAGUCAGAGCUACCACUCUGCUAUUGGAGGAGAGGUGGAGGAAAACUCCCCCGUAAUCACUGUUAAGGAGUCAGUGGUUGCUCAGCCAACUGAGGCUUCCAGCAUUCUUGCAGGAUCCACAAAGAAAACACAACCACCAGUUGCGCCCAAGCCUAAGUCCAAGCACAAACCAAAAGAUCAGAGCAAGAAUCUGCCCAGCGGCAAGGUACAGAGCAGUGGUGUUGGAAAGUCCACUGAUGUUUGAGCUCUGAGAUAUGUAUAAGAUCUCUCAACCACCCAUAAUAAGAGUCAGACAUCAGAUUAUUCCAGCUGUUACUGUAAUCUAUUACAACUCUGUAAAUAAAGCUUCUUUUAAUAUCACCACUAAAACCACAGGCCAACAAAUCAUCUGUGUAUUGUAUUCUCAGCAUAAACAGUGAUAAAUGUAGUUUUGUAAUUUUGAAAUGCAUACCUGAUGUGGCUUUUUUUGCACUACAUAUCCGUUUAGUUUUAUAUCUCAAGUGAGGGCUCAUAAAGUUAGUCUUUUUGUCUGUGUGUACGUGCUCUUCAUAAUACAACGUGACCUUAUUCUGUACUUUUGAAAAUGUGGAUUUUGUCAUUGUAUGAGUGAUUAAAUAAAAAGGUAACAUAAUGCCAUCUUUUAUAAAUUUAUGGCCAAUUGUUGUACAAAUGACUGAAAGCUAACUGCAUUCUUAACACAAGUCAUUUCCUCUGGAAACAAAUCAUUCACUUUGUCUUUUAACAUUUUUGCAUAACUUACCAUGUUAUUGGUCUGAUGAUAUUGUCAUAUGGCUUUCAUA